AUGGCAACAAAAGCAAAAAGCAAGGGCAUCAUUAAUGAUACCACUCCUUUAAUGUGCACCAUCGAGGGCAUUGCCAAGAAAGAGCACGUAGUAAGUCCUCUUCAAUGAUGACGUAAAACUUACAAUAAUUAAUGACCGAUCGGUGCACGGAUCAGAGGCUUUUACCCAGCUGGUUUCAUUUUGUUACUCUUUCUUCUCAUAUAUAGGACUAUAUCAUGAAAGUGCAACGUGGAAUCAGUCCCGACGAUUCGUGGCAGGUAUAUUUUGUCCUAAACACCUGGUUGAUCUUGAUAUAAUUUACAUGUCGACCUACAUGUACUGAGUUAUCAGAUUUCAUCCUUGUUUAAUCUCCUGGACCUUGGAAUUUUGCCAAGUUUUGUAACUUCUUAAAUGCGAUGAGAGUGUUAUUUAUUAACUACUUGUAUUCCAAUGCUAUUUGAAUGAUAGAACGUUUAAUAUCCAAAACCCCGCCCCCUAUGGAUGAGAUUUUCUGAAGGGGGGGAGCUUGAAAGUUAUUUCUUCAGAGGUGGCUAUGUUGGUCCCCUUUGAUCUUUGGAAUAAUUAUUGCUGAGGAUUAUGAGAAAAAAAUCCCCUUUUUUUCUGAAGGGGGAGUGGAAAUAUCUGAAUAUUACAGAGAUAUAAUUAUAUGAUAUCGAUCAUCUCAUGUAUUCAGCAAAGGCAUCUGUAAUUUUAUUUACAUGUACAUUUGUUGAUUAUUCAUUCAUAAUUCCCUUGCUAAACCAGCUGGCACCGGACUGCCAAAUUUGGAAGUCGCUUAUUAUACCUAUACCAUGAUUGAUGAUGCCAGUCACUUAGAUGUUAACGAUGGUGUAAUAAAUACCAAGUGUCAUGCAAAACAGCAGCUGAGUAGGCUAGUGUAGCUGGUUUUGCAUGAGUGCAAGAACUUAAGAAGAUUUCUGGACAAAAUUGAUGGCAUGAAUGUGCAAAAAUGUUACUCAGUGAAUGCCAACUGCUUUUUUAGGAAUAUAUUCUCUGCGAGAAAAAUAGAUCUGUGCAUUUUGUGAAACUUUGUUUAAAUUUUCUAGUGGUUAACCGUGGAAGGAUUAGCUCAGUUUGUAGAGGGCUCGAUUGCAGGGUUGCAGGUCGUGGGUUCGAUUCCAGGACCGGACCAAUACUCAGGGUCUUAAAAUUACUGAUAAAUUUACAUGUACUAUAUUUGCCCUGCAAACAGCUAGACCUUCACCUGGUUCAGAUGACCAUUAAAACGUUGGUCUUGUCUCCAUGAGGAGACACAAGUUACAGUGUCCUCAAUAAGUACUUUUGUGCUAGCCUGUGAAAACAUCCGUUUCUCCUUGCUCUUCGCCGCUGGGGACGUUUCGCGGGGAGGAACGUCUGCGACUCAGCGACAGAAAUUCCAUACUGAUGGUGCAAAUCAGUGUUUACAUAAUAAAUCCGGUAGUCAUGGGGUUCCAAAAAUAAAUUGUUUGUAAACAAUAGCUAAAACAAUGUAACUACUCCAUCGACCAAUUAGCGCUUGUGAUCAGAUUCUGGACAGAUUUUACGUCAUCAGUAUGGAAUUUCUGUCGCGGAGUUGCAGACGUUCCUCCCCGUGAAACGUCCCCAGUGGCAAAGAGCGAGGAGAGACGGAUGUUUUUGCAGGCUACUUUUGUGCUAAAGACAUUGAAACUCAAAUUAAUUGUUUCUUUUUCAUUUGUGUGAGGAUUUUUUUAUUAUUAUUAUUUUUAUCUUUUAAGGUUUUACAUCGCUACAGUGAAUUUGUCACUUUGCAUUCAACCCUGGAGGUAUGGAUUAUAUUUUCAAAUUUCAUACCUGUAGUAAUUUCGCAGUUCAUCUGAAUUUUGUAGCUUUUUUUAUUAGGUGAAAUUUUACGGUAAGUUAACAGAUAAUUUAAUGCCUGAAUAAUACCCCAUCUGAUAGCAUGGGACAAGCAGAUUUUCUUGCUGGGCAAGUAACUUAUAAAUCUCACUACUUUGCUCCGUGCAGGGUACUGAAUAUGCAUAAUGGGUUAUUAAAUAGAAGAGAAUGGAUUAAGCAUGAAUAUUGGGCAUGUUUUUUUCUGCAGUGUACCAUUAGUUUUGUUUUUGCGAUUUGCAGUGAUGAGUGUCAUUGUUACUAUGACUGAUUGUUUAUUUAUUUAUUUAUUUCAUUCCUUUUUUCCCCUUUUUAAGGUUUCUGGACUAGAACUUCCUCUUCCACCAAAAAAAGUCUUUGGUAAUAUGGACACCACCUUUAUUGCUGAAAGACAAAAUGGUCUCCAGAAUUAUGUUAACUUCAUUUUGGCCCAUCCUGUCUUAGCGCGGCAUAUUUCUGUAAAGAGAUUCCUUGAUCCUCUCAACUAUUCUUGUGAUUUCCAAGGUACAUGUACUCAAUCAUUAUGUGAUAAGUGAAAUCCACUUUCAGGUUUAUCUAGUAUUCAACCCUGGUCAAAACAUCUUGGGACAUGUGAUAAAAUUAGGCGUCAGGACGAACUUUGCUAAAUUAGCUCAUCUUGUACCUCUCAUAAUGUUAGUAAUAUUAGUAAUUCAAAUUUAAUUUUUGCCCUAAUUUUACCUGUGGGAUAUCUGUAAACUGUAGCUAUACAGUGUUCUCCCUAAGUAUUUAAAGCUAGGCAGACCGCCUGACUUUAAUUCACUGGAAAAUUGUUGCCACCUUGCUUUAAAACCAACCAUCACAGUAUCAGAAUACCCCCUGGUCUUCCCAAGAUCCCAGGGAGAACACUACCAAAUGGCUCAUAAAGCAUAUAAAUUUUACAUGUACCAUGUAAUAAAAUACUGUGUCUAUGUCUGUCUGGUACAUAAAGAAAGAAGGUUAUCAUUGUUGGCACAUGCCUUAAAUCCCUUGAAAGUUAAGUGAAUUAUUAUUAUUAUUAUUAAAAUGAUUCUGACUAUCUUUCUGCCACAGAGAAAGGAACACAAAAUGUGGCAAUGUUUUUAAGAUCAGUUCCAAACUGGGAAAUAGUGGAACAUUUACCAGAUAUUGGUAAGUUAAAAUGACAUGGAUAAUCAAACCCAGUAAGCACAGGGGCACAAAGCAUGAAAAGAAAAGGAAAGAAAUGAAUUAUAACAAAUUAAUGUUUAAUAAAAAUGAUAUGGUCUUUUUACAGUAUGCUAUUUAUAUACAAACAUGUAUUUGACUGCUGUCUAGUUUUAUCUCUUGAUUGGAAUUCAUUUUCUUUUUGUUUUGGGGUUAAUGAAGAUUGAUCAUAUCAAAUGUGUCUGAAACAAAGGAAAAUAAUUUAUAGAAUUUGAAACCACAAUAAUACAUUAUACACAUAGUUAAAAGACUUUUCCUUUAAUAUUUAAAAAAGAAGAAUCAACUUACAUUUCUAAAUGACAUUAAUAGAUAACAGUUUGUUUGUUUUUAUUAUUACAUGUACUGUUUUAAUUUAUUGAUUACUUAGUAUAUUUUUUGAAAACAGCUCUAAAUUAUUAAAAGUGUUGGUCAGAAAAUGAAAAAAAUUAUAAAAUUGCAAUCUGUCAAUCUUUGUAACAACAAAACUCGAAAAAUUGCAAACAGUUGAUGAAAUAAAUAUUUUAUAGCACUGGUAUGGUACAUGUGGGUACAUGUAUCAGAUCUGUUUGGGCAUUUACAGUACACCAAAUGCAAAUGGGUUGUUCCAGAAAAAAUCCACACCCCCCCGACGGAUGGGAUUCUGGAAAUUCUCGCGGGAGGGGGGGUCGAAGACUCCGGAAAUCCAGGCGGGAGGGGGGGUUGACCUUAAAAAAGUCUUCUGCAGGGGUCAUUUCGACCGAUAGUUGAUACAAAUCAAACGUUUAGUUCGAUGACACUUAAGCGCUUUCAGACCCUGAAAAUAGUCAAAAUGUUUUGUUCAUAUAUUUCUCACCUGACAUAAAUGAUAAUCUAAGUUGCUUUACAGGUCCUUUUAUAGCAGAAAACGCGAACAAGAUACUAAAGAACGGGCCUGAAGGAACUCGUCGCAACGUUGUUGUCACGAAGAGCAUCAAACGCCUGACACAUUUCUACUGCACCCAGAGCCCGCGCAAAAGAGCGAAGAGUGAUUUUUAUAAGCUAAGAAAUUAUGUAAACACUGUUCAGGUGUCGCUCACAUUUUUGUUUUUUUGCCUUUCGCUUUUUAGUUCCACGCAAUAGAAUUCUUAGUUUAAUAUAAGCUGAAGCUGUAGAAAUUAAAACAAAAACAUUUGGACGUGUUUGCGUGUAUUUUCCAUUAAAAAUAAAUUAAAUUUAAGCCUUUUAUUUUUUCCCGGAAGUCCAGGCGGGAGGGGGGGUCUUCCACCUUGGAAAUCCAGUUGGGAGGGGGGGUCUUGUGCUUCAGGAAAUCCAGGUGAGAGGGGGGGUUAAAAAAGGACCCCAUCCGUCGGGGGGGUGUGGAUUUUUUCUGGAAUAACCCAAUACGUGCAAUGUACCAUAAAAAAUAUAAUUUGAAUUUAUCUUUUAUGUUGACCUACCGGUAUACCUUAUAUUCCAGGUUGGCGGAUCAGGAAACAGUUCUUUUUAAUAAAACCUACAGAUCCGUCCAAAAAGGAUGUUAGAAACAUUCUCACCUGGGUAAUGUAAAAUAUUGUCUAAUAAAACUGUUUCAUCUUUUGUGAUAUCAAUUGAAAAUUAUUGUCCUGUCUCUCCCUCAUGAAUGAACUUUAUUUAUGAUACUAAAACGUAAAAAUAAUGUGGUGAAGCAAAAAAGAAUGAAAUGAAAUAAAAUCAUAAUUUUCAUGAACAAAAAGACAGUAAACAAUACAUUUAUUUCAUAAACAAACUUAGUUAUCAUUGACAUAAUUUAAUUAUGUCAGUUCUACGGUAGUUGCUUGUUGGAAUAACCACACUGUACUUAUUUGUUAGAUUUUUAUACACAGACUCUUGAUUUAAUGAAUUAUGGAGAAUUAACAUUGAUUUUUGUUCCUUACAUACAUGUAUGAAGACAGAUUAUGGUCCAGAUUUUAACUUGGUUGAGAAAGAUGUGGAAGCAAUAUUAAAAAUACUUACUUCUCUUCAGGUAAAAGCCGUUAUGCAAAUGUUGCAGUUAAUUAAGUUGCUUUAAUUCUGGGUUUAUUACAACAACUGUAUAAUGCAUGCUGAUCAAAGGGGAAAAAGUUUAUAGUAUACCCGUAAUUAUUGUGCUAGGAGGUCUGGUACAUGGAAUUUGAAAGUUCUCACUUGUAAUAAAGAUUUAAAUUUUAUUAUUUAUUGUUUUUGUUUUUCUUUCUUUUUGUGUUGUUUUGUUUUUUUUAACAAAGUAUUAUUUUAUGUCAGAUUAAAUACAAGUUGUAACAUUAUAGUACAUAUCAGUGAUGAUAUAAUAGAAUAAAACUAUAUAAAUUUUGCUUUUUUGAGUGUCCAAAAUUGUGAACCGUGUAGGUUCUACAAAAAUAUAUGACUUCUGUACAUUUUGAUCUAGAAAGUGUUCAUUGACAAUAAAAAUUGUGCUCCUGUGAAGUAAACUGUACACAUUUUAUGUAAAAUUGAUCAAGACAUUCAGCAAAUACACUCGACAGGUUAUUUAUAUCUUUGUGUUGUAUGAUACUGUAUCUCAGUAUUCACUGUAAUUAUAAAUAUUUUCUUCUUUCAGCACCCUUAUAUUAAUCCACCGUCAUUUAUAUCGUGUAAUUCAGAAGGAGUCAUUACUGUUAGGAAUUUUCUCCCAAAUGGAACAUUAAGAGAUUGUCUCUGUAAGGUAAUUUAUUGUUUCUUAAUUAUAAAUAUCCCAAUUUCGCUUAAACAGUAUGUACUAAAAUCAGGAGAAAACAAUUAAGUUGUUACAAAGUUGAAAUUUUGUUGAUUUUUUUUUUCUAUAACUUUAAUUACACAAUUCAGAUUCAGCUACACAUGUAACAUUUACAUAUUAUUGAACUGUAAUCACUUGUAUGUUGUAUCUAUGGGGCUAUCACUAAGGGCCCAGGGCUCGGUGAUUUUCCCCACUACAAUUAGCAUGAACCCUACAAUCCUCACCACAUUAAGUUGGGACACCCCGUGCUGUACCCAUAUUCCGACAAAAAGUUGUGCUCCUUCCAUCCGCCCCUUCCAUUCCAGUGUUGAUUUUUUUGCUUCUGACAUGCCCACUCCCAAAAACCAACAUUGAUGGGGCAGAAAAUACCAAUUCUGUCCCAACUAAUGUGGUGAGUAUUGCAUGGAUAAUAAACCAUCCAUCGAUUUGAAAUCUUAGUGACAGGUCUGUUUCAAAUUUGCCAUUGAUUGAUUGACUGACUGAUUGAUUGAUUGAUUGAUUGAUUGAUUGAUUGACUGAUUGACUGACUGAUUUAGGCAAACCCAAGAAUGAGUCAACUUAAGAAAUAUGGAAAUCCAAAGGCUAGAAGUAUUUUACAUGAGCAAAAUAUUCAGCUGUUUGGAAGGCAAAUCUUAGAGGUAAGCUAAAGUAUUAUUAAUUAUCAUCAUCAUCAUCAUCAUCAUCAUCAUUUAUUUAUUUUUUCCUUUUUUCACACUAAUUUAAAUUGUGGUUCAGUAAAUUACUCAUAGUUUGAUUUGCAUUUUCCUUUGUUUUGGGGUAUGGUGUAAUUACAAAACAAAAAAGAAUAAAGUUUAAACCCAUGGUGAAAUUGAGGUACAAAAUACAGUCACUGUGCCAUGUUGCUAGCAUUGAUCUCCAUAAAUGCAAAUUUGCAAAAGAUGGUCACUAAUAAUAUUGAUACUAAGCAAUACUUUUGUAAGCCAGGACUACACGUAUAAAAGUGGAACCAAAAAUUAGUUAUUUUGUGGAUACAUGUAGAUGUCCACUUAGAGGCUACAGGAGCUAUAAUAAUUCUAAUAAUUUAUUUGUUAUUACUUUAAAACCCUAUGAACACAUUGAGAUCAAAGAAAACCCUGAAAUGUUAAUGGCUCACUACAAUUAUUAUUCGUUUGACUACUGCUUUUUCUCAACUGUAAAACAUUAUGUUUUUGGCUUUCCAUUGCUAAAGUGGAAAUGAGUUGCAGCUUGAAAAGAACUGGGCCAUAUUUUUUUCAAGUUCAAACCCUGUGCCAUUGAGAGUUGAUCAUUAACCGAUCAUGCUUUAUUUUCCAUUUGAUAGAAUCAUUGUGAUAUCAUUUUUUUUAGACUUCCUCGUAGGACAAAGUGUUACUGAAAAUACUUGGUUAUCAUUAUUGCAACUCAGCUUUGACCUAGAAGCGGCAAACUCAUUGUGACAUAUAUCCCCUUUAAAAAUGUAGUGUUUAUAGUCACUCAGACCAUGAAUAAGUCUCUAUUUACUGAAUGAGAGAUGUCUUGAAGUUCAACUGAAUAGAAUGGGGACAUUAGAUUUCGUCCAUAGAAUUAUUAGUGCUAUGUUAGGCUUUUGUCUUGCACAAGCUGGUUAUUGGCUUGACAAACAACUGUUUUGCUUUUGGUAAUACAGUGUAUGUUAGUUAAGUUUCAUUUUAGUGUUAGCCCAUAUCAGUUAUUUAAGUCGCAUUGUAAUAUUUCUGCAAUCCUAUGUAAGCACUUCAGUGUACUUCUAGUAUUAGUUUCUUCACUUUAAUAUUGUUGUGCUUGUCAUUUUUUGCAAAUUUAAUAUUCUGCUUCUUUCUCUUUCCAGGCAGUAAAGUUUCUACAUGAUAAAGGAAUUCCCUAUGGUGAGUACUUCAAAAAUCUCCUUACUUUCUGGAGGUUUUUCACAUAGUUACACGGUAUUAUAUUUCCUGUCAUUAUCCCUUGCUUUAGGGAGACCGUUGUCGCCAAUCUACAGCUGCAAAUGUCGCUGUCGUUUUUUUGAAGUGUACAUAACUGUACCAGUAAUUUUUGUUUUGCGAGAAACUGUUUUUCGCAACAGGGCUAUAACAGGAUUUUCAUGGUGGUCAGUUGGCAAAACUUUGUGAGCGGCGAAGGAUGAACGCUUCUUCUUCUUCUUUAAGGGUAGGCUCCUCAUGGAAAAUUUGGAAAAUCUGAACCCUCAGAAAUGCAAUUUCCUGUAUUCUGAGUCACUUUUAUUGAUAAAAUGCACAACUUUCCAACGUCACCGUCGUUUUUCACUGUUUAGUAUGUCGCUGUCGCAUUUUAGCAGCGUAGGCAUGUCACUUCUCGCUUUUUAAAAAUUCCCAUGUCGCCAGUUUUCAGGGCCGUGUCGCAUGUCGCUUUUACCCCUUGGAAGGCCUCUUAUAUUUUCUGUCAUUAUCCCUUAUUUACUGAAGCUGAUUAGUGUCUGAUAAUAAUAUUCUUAUAUUGCAAUCAUGUAGCCUGAGGAAUCAGCCUAGUGGGCAUUUCCCGAUGGCACCACUGGUUUCCCUGCAAAAUGAUGACCGAGGAAUGAGCAAAGAAAUUUCGUACUGAUGAUGCAUUACUACUCAGAUCUGGGUAGUGCUAGAACUGACUGGUUGAAAUUUGUCUUUAACUUAUAAGUUCGUAAGGACUACCUUCCAGAUCAGGGUUGUGACUCUUCAUCAUUAAGUAAUAAUCUGCGCUUGUCCCUCAGACACCUUUACACAGGGAAACCAGUCGUGGUGUCAAAAAAAAUGAAUUUUGGCUGUUUUCUCAGGCUAGCAAUCAUGUGAAUAAUGAUUUAAUUAGCUGGGGACAACUGUGGCAUGGUUUUUAGCCAUGCACAGUUUGCCCCAGCUUAUUUGAUUCAAAAUAGGGAUCAAUUUAAUAUCUAUUUUACCAGUGUAAUUUACAAGUGAAGCUAUUGUUUUUCAGACUCUAAAACAAUGGCUACACUUGUAAAUUACAGUCAUAAAAAAAGUUGUAUUAAAAAUUGACUCCAUUCUUUUUUUGCGUCCCAGGUCAUUUACACUCAGGAAAUCUUGUUAUAGAUGGAAAUGUGUGUAGGUAUGCCAACCUGUGCAUCUCUUUGUGCCUUUAUUCUUCAUAUUAUGUUCUAAGCACAGUGUACUAGAUAGUAUACACCGUAAGAUUUUUCUGUUCCUUAUAAAGCCUACCAGUUUUGAGAUUAUAACAUGAACACUACACUAUACCUUGUACAACAUCACAAUCUGUUCAGUGUUGAGAGCAUUUAAGCAUUAACGCAAUAUCCUCCUGUUUUUGCUAUUUCAGAUUACUAGAAAUUGAAAGCGGUUUGUUAGGUGUUCCAUCCAUUCAUAGGCAUCGCUAUGUUCCACUGAAAAAAAUACAGGUAUAGUGCUGUGCAACUGUGUCUCUGUAGAGUGAUCACUGGUCAGACUAUGUUGCUUUGAAACGAGUGGUUAAACUGUGGUCCUGGCACUGUGGAAGGACUUGUGUAAUAAAAUCUGGUACAAGUCUUUCAUUAUUUGCAUUUCAGGAAAAGGAGGCCGAGGAUGUUUACUGUUUUGCUCAUGUGUUGUAUGAAAUGUUUAGUGGAGAGCCAUUACGUACCAGUACACUAAAAGAUCUCCCCGCACACUGUCCAUCUCAACUCAGUAAGUACUGUAUAUGCAAAAUGGAAAUCUCACAAAGGUAGGAGUAAAAAGGUGAAGGCGCACACGAGCCAAAGGCCCAAACGGCCAGAGGUUAUCCCGGUUUCUUUAGCAUGAAGCAUGCCCAGGAGUAUUGCUACUCCCCCCGGGACAGGAUGCUAGUCUAACGCAGGGUUACCCCCACCCCCCUCUCCCAGCAGUAUGUUACCGGUACCCAUUUGUACACCUGGGUGAAGAGAAACAAAGUGGAGUAAAGUUUGUAGUCAAGGAAACAACGCGGCGGGCGAGGCUUGAACCCCGGAUCUCCAGAUCCGGGGAUUCGAGGUGUUCACCACUCGGUCACACACGCCUCCCAAAAUCUCGCAAAGCCCUGGGGUUUUUUUGGUUUGUUUGUUUUUGUUUUUGUUUUUGACAUUUUUCCAGGAUGGAAAUUCUGCAAAAUCGGAGGUCCUCGAAACCUAGACAUUGGAGCAUUGAAUUUUUUUAAAAAACCUGUGAGUAGAAUACUCCAAUGGCCAUUUUAGUCCUGGAAAACUCUUUCUGGGGGCUGGAUGAGGCCAGGAAAAAAGCUGCCAAAAAUGUUGUCAUAGACGGGUAGAAACCCUGCAAAGUUAGAAGCCCCUGAAAUGUUUUUGAACUUAAAUAGAAGGUUGGCUGAGGCUGUGCUGUAAGAAAAAUUGAAGGAAGCCCAGAGCUCUGAACCUGUAAAGCCACAGUGUGCUACAUAUGAUAUGUAUCCAAAAAAAAAUACGAUUUUUGAGUCGCCUGGGAGCAAAAGUUAGGCACCGCGGACCACCGUGAGCUGUAAUAGCACAGCUUUGCCCCAUCACCUGAGACUGGUUCAUGUAAUCAUGUCCAGCAAAAAAUGAAAGGAAACUCAAAUAAUGCAAAAUACAAAGAUAAGUACAAACUCAACUUCCUUUUAAAAUUAUUUUUAAUAUUGUCUUCUAGGAUCAAUUUUGUUGUCGAUUCUAAGUGACGAGGCAUGUAACAAAACAGGUCUUCCUUCAGUAGCAGAUCUUCUCGCUAAUCCGUAUGUAUACUUAUUGCAUGUUUAGAAUACACUGUAACAAAAUAAUUACCUAAUAUAUAGAUUUAGCCAGGGCUAAAAGCGAAGCUCUGGUCAAUAAUACGUGUAAACAAAAAAAAAAUAAAUCGUGUAAUGCUAAAUGGCGACGACAAUGAAAAUGGCUUCAAGACUAAUAGAUCUAAUUAGCAAAAAAAAAAAAAAAAAAAUUGCACGUGCAGCACACUUUUUCUUCUAAUUAGCAAGAAAUAAAUUUACACGUGAAGCACGCUUUUUUGUCUUUCCGUUGCCGUUGUUUUGCACGACUACAACGCUGUUCUACGACUAAAACUUCAAACUUCCUAGUUACACAUUAUUUUUAUGGAGGAAUUGUCGUAUGUGCUUACCCAAUAUUUUGUUCCCUGUGUUCAUGUUCGCUUUUAUUUUUCACUGCCUCUCAUUUUCACCUUGCUGGCCGCUAGCAUUUCCCAUUUUCUCACCGCCGCUUUGAAUUUCCAUGUUUUUCUUCCCACGAAAUUCGUCUCGCUCUAGCUCUUUCUUUGUUAUCCGCGUUAGUGUAAACGUAAAAAAUAACGCCGAAAAAGACACGACUUUGUUGUUUUCUUUCUAUAAGUCCGGGCGGCCAUGUGAUUUCCUUCCAAAUAAAACCUUGAGUUGCAUUUGGGUUGCCUUACCUGUUGAUUUAGUUAUUUUACAUUGGUAUGCCUGUGGUGCGGACGGACGGUCGGUGUACGGUCACGUGAUUACCAAAUUUUCUCGGAUGGGUAGAUUACCACAUUUCCUUAGCCGUGGAGCUCCAUUGCUGAGCACCAUUUACAAACGAAACAUCAAAUUGACUGGGGCUCUGCGACAUGUAUAACGUAUUCUACAGACUACUAUCAACGUCUUACUUUAGAAAGCUGGUUUACUAACUUAGAACAAACGCGACUGAAUCGUAGCCAACAGUUACCAGCGCCGUACAAACGACUUAUUGACGAGAUCAAGCAAUACUAACUAUGAGAGAACGACUGGAGAGCUGACAAUUUAACUAACAAUCAAUAGACGACUCUUUAACUGUGACGUUAGACGGAUCGAAACGCACCAAUUACUGAUUACGAGUCUUCAUAGCCAAUAACAUCACGGCUUAACUGACAGACGACCAAUAACAUCGCGACUUAAUUGACCAAUCAGAUCAAUAACCAGAGUAUAAUACCAUCAACUGACGUGAUACAACCCACUUCAAAUGACUCUGAAGAUGACUACCGCACAGGUUGUCGAAACGUCAGUCACUGUCAACAACAACAGUCCUAUUCAGGACUACGUUUACCCGGACGAUCAAACUCAACCUACUUUUGGGCGACGUGACCGUAAACCCACUAGGUUGUCACGGGAAAAAAAACAACAAGUGAGCAGGGAAUCAAACAGCCAGAGAUUUCUUUUGUUCUUUUGUUUCGUCAGGUAUUUUUGUGAUAUAUUCCUGUGGAAGUAGCCGGAAGUCGCGUUCAUAGUAAUCGGGAAAGAUUCCCAGCCACCGGCCCUUAAUGAUAGCCCUCUGCCAUUUAAUUAUUUAUUCAUUAAGUUAAUUUACUGAAUUAUUUUUAUUCUCCUUUGGCAGGUUCUUUACAGCCAUAGACCUCUCCUCUACUGACAAGCCUCAACUAAAGGUAUAAUCCUUCAUCUUGACUAUAGGACUUAGGUCUUCUUGUCGUUGUAUUCAUAUUUGCAAAUAAAUCAUUUUAAAGCUCUGUAUCGGAACAAGCACUCAACUCACAGGGUAUGAAACUGAAUAUAAUUCAGAAGGGUUAAUUGAUAGCUAUGGCCUAUUUAGUAUUAGAAAAUCAAAUGAAAUUAGGAUCCCCUCCCUCAUCCUCCCCACCCUCACCACACCCCUUAACUUGCCCAACCUCUCGCGUUCAUUAAGGUUACCGGUCAAGUCAUCCGAAGUCAUCUCGCCCGAAGUUUUGUCGCCUGAAAUGCUGAGUCAUGUCGCCAAAAAUUUUAAUGAAGGGUGAAUGUGAUAUAUCUCGUCUUUAAGAGAUGAUGAGACGAAACAAGCGCGAUAAAGAUGUUAGGAUGUUUCUGAGCACCAUAACAUUUCGGGCGACAUAACUCGACAUUUCGGGCGACUUAACGAAACAUUUUGGGCGAGAUGGUUUGACAGUCUCCUACAUAUCAUUUAGCACUUGCACACACAAUCAUAGAACGUGCACAUGAUACGUCUCUCCAAGCCUUAAUAGGGCCAUUUAUACGAGGAAAAAUAGGACGCGUCUCAACUAAGACGCGAACUGUACCAUUUAUACGAGCAUGUCUUAUCUAAGACGACAGCAGCUCGUAUAAAUGGUUCGCGUCUUAUUUCUGUUCUUGACUCGUUUUCAUGUGAAUGUUGCCCGUAGCAACGGCAAUCCAACGUGGCGCGCCAAAAAUUAACGCAUACGUACUAUGCGUUCGCGUCUUAUGUAAGACGCGAAGGUCAUUUAUACCAUAGUUAGUUUUUCUCGUCUUAGCUAAGACGCGUCUUAUCUAAGAACAGUGUUAAGGGCUGUUCUAAAAUAAGAGGCGUCUUAGCUAAGCCGUGUCUUAUUUUAGACGAAAUGUGCCGUUUAUACGGAAAGUUCGCGUCUUAUUUUUCCUCGCAUAAAUGGCCCUAUUGUUGCUUGUUUAUCGUAGAUCCCAAGUAAAUUAAAAGAAGCUAUCAAAGCAGCCAAAGAACGUGCAGAAACGAAGCUGAAGGAAGAUCAGAAGCUUGUAAGUUGGAUCAAACUUUUAACACUUUAUGACUGAUUCUAAAUUACCAAGGUAGCUGUCCGAUCAGCCUUGCGUUAAUUUAUAGUUUUAUUAGCGAAGCGCGCGCGAACCGUAGACGUAUUUCCGGUCGUCGCUUCUCUCCCCUUCGCGGCGGGUGAAACUAAAGCCGCAAAAACCGGAUGGUCUCGCAGACUUCAGGUAUGGCAACCCAAAUGCAAUUCAAGGUUGUUUUGGCGGGAAAUCGCAUAGCCACCCGCGUCUUGUAAAGCAGAGACAACUAAAGAGUCAAUAACGACGGAAACGGAAAGCGGAAAUUGUUUCUGUAUCCGUGUUGUCUAAAGUAUUAAGCUGAAAUUAAUUGUCAUGUCCACAAAUUUGGAAUAUAGAGCAAGAGAAAGUCAGAGAAAAGAGAAAGUAGGCGGCAGGCCCGCGAAGCUUAACGAGAAAAAAGGGCGACAGAGAUCUAGAGCGAGAGAUAAAAAAAAAAAAAAGGACAAAGGAGACAUUUUUUUGUUGGAAGAACAACGAGAAAAUUUUGUAGCGGCGGUGGCAAAAUGAGAAACGCUAGCGGCCACCAAUGCAAGGUGAAAAUGGGCGGCAGUGAAAAAAAGUGAACGAGAACACGUACAACAUUUCCUCCCAAAAACGUAUAACUUAGAAGUUUCUGGGAGAUUCACGUUGUAGUCGCGCAAAACAACGGCAAAGAAAUGACAAAAAAAGUGUGCUGCACUUGCAAAGUUGCUUUUUUGCUAAUUAGACCUAUUGUUGUUUUUUACCGUUCUCCUGCGUUGCCUUCCCCGCUUUGUUUGAACAAACUAUAAAUGUUACCGAGAGCUUUGCUUUUAGCUCUGGCUAAAUCUAUAUAUUAUAUAUUGCUGAUCCUGAUGUACACCAAGAUCCAUUUGACAUUCAAAUAAACACAUGUUCUUUAAACCUCCUAACUACUUUGCCACAAGACCUAUGCCUCUAUCACAUAAAUUAUUCUUUAAAAAGUAGCCGUUUUAGUUCAUCUGAUGGAGUACUUCUACCUCACUUUUGACUGUUUUUAUUUUCAUCAGUUACGGCAGUUUCGUAGAGCAUCUAAAGCGCAUGCUCAUCACAUGUCGGAAGAGGAAAAGAAAAAAAGAAAGAAGUCCCUAAAGAAGGUAAAAGCUGGACCUAAUCUUUUCCGAACAUUCUUACUUGCUGCUAGCCUGAGUAUCGCCGGGGCCUUCCUUUGGGAUCCGAGGAGAAAGGAGAUUAUUUUUCUCCUUUUCGCUUCUCGCUUCUCUUUCCCAUUUCCUCCAUAAACGCCUACUCAGGCUCACUUGCUACCCGUUUGUUCCGCAAGGAAGUAGACCUCCUGAGUAGACUCAGUGGGAGCACUUUCUUCCUUUUUCCAUUCUUUUUUCCUUCUUCCUUUCAUUCCCUUCUCAUUUUUUACCCUGAUUUUAAAGUGUCGCUCAUAAAUAUUUUCCUUUUUCUUUCCUUAUAGUUACAGAAGGAAUCUUCCAUAUCAGAUGCGUCACAGACCGCAGGUGAGCAACCUAUAAAACACGAUAUGCACGCUUGAAUCUCUCAAGAAUUGACAUUUAUGUGUAAUCACAGGGCUUUCGCUUUUCUUAUAAGUAUAACCUUUCUUCACCCUCGCCAGUUUAUAAAACAAAAACGAGAAAACAGAGAUAGGACCACGCAAAUAAGUCAACCGAAUCAGGAGCCGAUUAAAGUAAUCGGCUCCUGACCCGUUACAGUUUUUAAAAAUAUGCAUCAAAAGGUAAAGAAAUCCAGGUGGUCGAAAUCAAGCCAGUUGGCUGUUCACGGACGUGGACGGGGAGUUGAAUUCGGGACUAGAAUCGAGAAACAGCUUCGAGUUUGACUUUGUUUGAUAAUUUAUAAAUUGUUAAAGAUUUUCGCGGAGACUUGAUCUCGCGUGUCUCUUAAUAAGCAAACGUUCUUUUAACUCUUGCUUCUGCGGUCGCCCGCUUGGCAAUCCCCGUGGCUGGCAAUUUCAUAUCAACGCAAACAUGGAAAUCCUUUAGUUAUUUUUUUUUUUUAACUGUUUUGAUCUGUCGUAUUUUUGUAGCUCGUCCAUCUUCUCCUCCACCUUCCCGGCCUGCAACUAAUGGUAAGUGGGCUUCUUCCUGUCGAUUCUGUGUAAGUAACGCUUUUUACCUGGGCUUCCUGUGUCCAGCCUUCAUUUUUGGCCAUAAAGCCUCACUGCUUGGGACUCUAAUGCGCCUGCGCGCAUGUUUGCGGAAAUUGAUUUGAGCACCUGGCUUAUUCGCCAUUUGCACAUCUCGGGUAUCUUGUUUGCUCCACAAAAUUUUCAAUAAGCAUUGUUUUGAAUUUCUCUUGACUGUAAUACCCUGGGGAAAUUGGAAACAAUGGUUUCGCAAACUUUUGGGGGAUAAACAUAGUGCAUUAUGAUCUAUAUGAAAAUGGUGAAAGGACAACAGUCAUAAUGGGUCGGUCUCUGUCAGUGAACGUUCACACAGUAUGUUUGUGUUUGUUUGUCUAAUUUCACUUCGAUAAACCGAUCUAAUCAAAUCCUGUUCACGAUGUUUGUUGGGUGUGUGUUAAGCCUUAGUCACGCCAGUCAAUGAAAAAACCAAAUCUACGCGCGAUGCGCCUGUUUAUAACAAUGAAAAAUGUCAGACAAAAAGUCCGUUAUGUGCUUGUCCAGAAAAUACUUUUCUGGCAAGGAAUUAACACAUUUUGUCCUUCUCUUUUCCAGCGUCUGUGCCACCUCCUCCCCAGGCCCCAGCUCAGCCUCCCCCUCCUCCCUCUCCGUCUAAGGCGCCUGCGCAGAAAACGUCUACGCGGCCUAAAACAGCAGAACGAGGUGCGUUGUUGAGCUCUAUCUGCGAUUUUAGAAAGGGUGCAUUGAAGAAAACUGAAACCAAUGACAAAAGUAAACCAAGGAUAUGAGAUGCUGAUUAAGAACAAAGACUGUGUGAUGAUGUACUCUUAUCAAGGUCAAUCGUCAUCUUAAUCGCCAGUUUAGGUCGGAACACACAAGGUGACAAUUUGCAAUAACAUGCCGCGGUGACACGUGUGUACUGGAUGAUUUUUGCGAAAAUCUUUGUCGCUGCAACAUGUCGCAAAAAAUUCAAAUCAGACAGAAUUUGUGCGACUUGUUGCGGCGACAAAAUUCUGUUGCAGAGAAAAUUUUUCACCAAAAAAUCUCCUGUACACACGAAGCCACUUGUCCCUGCGAUGCGUCGCCGCAACUUGUUGGUACAACUACCCGCCCGACCUGCACACAAAGAGUGAUCUGUCUCCGCGACGUGUUGCUGCAACUCAUCGC